GCUUUUCACCCAUUACCCGAGGUAAGCAAAUGCGGAAUUCGAGGCGCACACUGCCGUGACAGUGGUUCAAAAACAGGAAAUGAGAUGGGUGUCGGUACCUCUGUUGUCGUGAAGGUGAAAAUUUAACUUUUUGUUUUUUUUGCUGGUGCGUGGUUACGUCCCGUCCGGGUGACACACGUGGAGUUGUCCUCAAUCCACAGGUUAAAGACUACGUUGCAGUAAAUACUGAUAAGUGCACCCGCCUGCUUGUAUCUGGCGAUCACUUCCAGGCAUCUAAUAAACCAACUGAUCUUUAAUGGUAGCUCCUCCUUAACCUAAUUCAAGCCUUUUUAAUGGAAGCCACACCGAUACGGGACAUUUAGCUCCAUUUGGACACCAUGAGGACGCUGGUGCAGAAGGUUGUCGUUUUGUCUCUGCUGAUGGCUCUGCUGUGCCGCACGCAGGUGGAAUCGGCACCUGUGCCGGAAGACUGGACCGGCUUGGUCCAGCGGACCAAGAGGUCUUUGCUGUGGCGCUGGAACUCCAUGAAGCCGGUGGGCGAUAGCUGCAGGGAUCAUAUGGAGUGUGCCACGAAAUACUGCAGGAGAAACAUUUGCUCUUUCUGGAAAUUCACCUGAAGAACACAAACAAUUCCAUCAGGGCGAGUGUCGGCACAACAAGCUGCUUCUUCAUGGAUCAAAUAAACAACAAAAAAACAAGUUUGUUUCUUGGUCAAAUAUAGACACCAGUGCGAUGUGUAAGAGCUGUCAUUUUAUAUAUUUGUAUUUUCAUACUGUAAACAAUGUCAGCAGAUUCCAUUCUAAACAUUUUUUUUAUUUUAACAUUAAAAAAAUAAGUCCAAUAAAUGGAUUCAAAUUA